GGUGGCGUCAGGGAAAUACCAAAGAACGCGGCCAACGCGGAAACAGGAAGCCUCGCUGUCGUGAACCCCCUCGGCGCCAUCGUAAUCGUCCGACGUUCCGAGAGACAUGGCUAUCCGUGACGGUGUUCCCACGGAACCCCCGACGACUCCAGGGUCACAAGAGAAGAUUGCUUUGUCACGCGAGGAGGAAGACCAGAAUUGCAUAAAACCAUUAGUCUUGUACGACAAAAUCAUCAAACGCGCUCAUUCAACUCGGGCCCCGGAGGGCGUACUCGCAGCUCCGCCUCCUGCACUGCCGGUGGAGGUCAAAACCGGAGUGCUCGGAGAAAAAUCCACGCGGCCACCGCGGGUGGAGAAAUCGCGCGUCCUCCGUAAGGGUCCGAGAUCGAAGCCACGACCUCGUGCGCAUCUCCAGGGCUAUCUGAAGAUUUUUCUCCUCCUGAUUCUCUUCUUCCAGCUUGUUGGCGACACGGCUGGCAAAGCCAUCGAACCUUCGUCGUUGCGACAUCUUCAAGGACAAGUUGAUGGCAUCAAGUGGAGCUGUCCCAACGACGAGACGAACUUGAUCCUUGUCUACAUAGGCGACAAAUUGCUGGUGAAAUAUCGGACUUCGGGUAAAACGUCCAACGUGUCGUACGAGAUCAACACCUCGUUGGAAAUCGUCGACUGGGACUGGGCUGUGCCAAGCGGCAAGUUGUUGUGGCGACGGAGCCCGGAGGACGGAGUUUACUCGGUGGAGGCUCAAGGCCCGAACGGCAACAAAAACACCUGCAUCAUCGCCAACUUUACAGCUGCAGCAGAGACGCCUACAAUGCCAGGACGCGUGCAGAUUUCAUAUCCAUCAAAUGAGACCACCUCUAAACAUGAACCACGAUCGCACGUCGCUCUCUGGUUUGUGCCAUUUGUGCCAUUGGUAUUGGUGCUAUUGGCAUCUGCACCGUUCGUGGCGCACGCCAUAAGGAAGCGUUCAUGCUGCAAGCCGGAAACCCAGCGUGAGAUCGAUGACGAUUCGUGCACAACCAAUGGCUGCCUGUGGGAAAACAUCGGCACGUGCGUUCGCCCGCGUCGCGAAUACGUGCCGCCACAGGCCUGAAGUGACGAGCGGAGCGGAAUGUGCCCCUCCCGCGCCCGCCACCAACCCCCCCCCCCCUUUUUACGUCAAAAAAUUGCCCCCCUCGUUUAACAUCAGACGCAAAUAUCAAUGGCCGUUAAACCACCUUUCGCCAAAUACUGCGUGCGGCUGUCUGAAGGCCGCCACAGUUACCACAGUUUAUUGCUCCCUGGACUAAAGCUCCCCCUUCUUCCUCUUCACUCUGCUGUCCGGAUGUGGAGCUGCCUCCCCGAUGGACACAUUGUCGGCAAGAUCACCCAUUCCGGUCUUGAGGCCCUUAAAUGCCGAGCUCGGCGACCGAGUCUUUGAGCUGCACUGAACCAAUGCCUGGUGGGCUGACUGCGAGGGGGUGGACAGUCUUCCAUGCUGGACAUCUGUGGAAAGGAGUUUCAAGGCUCAUCGGAUUCCUCCUGCAGUCUAAGACACAUUCCUUGCGUUAAACCCACCACCACACCAACACAGCAAAAUGUAAACAGAACGUGGCCAAUUCGUUACUAGUACAACACACCGGCGUGUUGGAGAGCCAAGCCACAACAUUUACAAUCUGAGUACGACGCUUCGCCAGUAAUUACAACUAGCUUCAUCAGGCGACAGCCAGAUUUGUGGAGAAGUCCACCUGUUUCGUUCCUUAGACAUAUUGUCCUGCUGCGGAGGGAGCUGGUAGGAACGUCGGGUUGCUCGGUCAAUGGCCUGCAGGGUCAACGGCGGCGUGGUGUAUUCCGCAAAUAUGCCCGACUGUGAGGGCGGGCACAAGCCGGCGUGAGUAGGUUAAACGUUGAGUUUUAUAAGGGCACCACGGGGUGACCAGCCCCUCCCCACCCAGC